CGACCGUUUCCUACGAAUCGGAGAAUAGAAGAAAAUGCCAGGCCACAACGAGCUGCCAACGCUUGCCGGAUCCAACCUAAAUGCUACGAUGAGCAAGAACAGCCUCACGGUCACGACCGGACCGUGCACCUCGGAUAUUGUUCUGGAAUCUAUGGAAGAAUACGUUGGUUGCAUCGAAAACGUCGACCAGCAGCACUUAUUUGAGGAAGGCUUGCUACAACAGGCCGCUCGCCAACGGAAGAUUGCCAUGGAACAUGGCCUGAGCGAAGCGGAAGCGGCACUGAUUCGUCUUCAGAUGACGACGCUAUCGAAAGGCGUUCUCGCUGGGGGUUCCGAUGCGGAUGGAAUCCGAUCCACGAUUGAAAACACCCUGUCGGCAAAGAUCGCUUCGACGCAACUGAACGACAUUCUCGAACAGGUUUGUGGCGCUGGAGAUCCACUACGAACGGCUCAGAGCCAUGGUUCCUCGUGCAAUAUUACAAUGAAACGUCCUCUUUCUGUCGAUUUUUGCGAUGGGGUGGUACUGCCCAUGGAUACGACACUGCCCACUUCGUUGCCAGGAAACGCUCUAGUUGCUUCCAGGCAGCGAAAAAGUGCCCGCAGUUUGGUAGAUAUAGCCGCCGAGGACGAUGCCUAUCAAGAAGAAAAGGAAGAUUAUCUCACGAUAGACGAGGGUGCCAUAUAUGAGUGUGCUAUUUGCAACGAUUCUUGUUCUCCCGAUGUUCCUUCCAGGAGCAGCAACGAUUUGCAUACAAGGAAGCCCAUCUUUUGUCGAAUGCCUUGCUGCCAACCGAUCGGCGAUUUCCCUAACGAUGAACCGCAAGGUGGCAAACACGACAACUUUAAGGUAUGCACGGCUUGCAUGCCCGUCUUAACGGUGGCUACCAAGGACGGGACAUCCCGUGUGGGACGGUGUCCUCGGUGCCGGGAAUGGGUAUCACUACUGACCCUUCAUUCUACAUCCGCCUCCACGGUGGUACGCAAGCUGGGAUCUUCUGGAAAGUGUGAGACUUGUCAACAAGUAAAGUGGCCUCUCGUCGUCGACGAGCCAGCUACUUGUGAUGCUUGCUUUCUCGCGCAAGAAACCUCCCCUUUGAUCUACGAAUGCGAAGACUGCCAUCAGCCCCAACCUGUCCAGUCUACCUUGUAUAGAUCCCAACGCUGCCCAAAAACCUUUGGAAGAGAUAGUUUUCCAUGCAAUAAAUGCGAGAGGUCAACGCAUUGGAGACUUCUAUCCGAUCAACUCCCCUUGAUCCCCGCGAACGACAUCCCAGAAUGCUGGGGGGACGAAUUGUGCUUGGAGUUGGCCCGAACGCGAGUCCAAAUAGCACGGCAAGGGAUUGCUAAACUAGAUUUUCCAGGACGGAAUGCUAUGGUAGAACUGGCGAAGAACGAGGCGGGUUGCUCCAUCAUGUAACGAGGAACAUAGAACAGUAGAAAGAAAUGACGGAUAUUACA